CGAUCAGAAGCGCAUGCUCGUCGGCUCGCGCGCACCCACUGGAUCCCAGGUGCGCGUGACCGGCGUCCGAGGCGGUUGGUAUCCGGGAGUUGGUGAAGCUCGUUUCGAGGUAAUUAUUUCCAGUCAGAGAAGGAAACCAGUGCCUGGCAUUCUCACCAUCUUUACCUGCCAUGAUCAAGUGCUUGUCAGUUGAAGUACAAACCAAAUUGCGUUCUGGUUUGGCCAUAAGCUCCUUAGGCCAAUGUGUUGAGGAGCUUGCCCUCAACAGUAUUGAUGCUGAAGCAAAAUGCGUGGCCAUCAGGGUGAAUAUGGAAACCUUCCAAGUUCAAGUGAUAGACAAUGGAUUUGGGAUGGGGAGUGAUGAUGUGGACAAGGUGGGAAAUCGUUAUUUCACUAGUAAAUGCAACUCGGUAGAGGACUUGGAGAACCCAAGAUUUUAUGGUUUCCGAGGGGAGGCCUUGGCAAGCAUAGCUGACAUGGCCAGUGCUGUGGAAAUUUCAUCCAAGAAAAACAGGACAAUGAAAACUUUUGUGAAACUGUUUCAGAAUGGAAAAGCCCUAAAAGCUUGUGAAGCUGAUUUGACUAGACCAAGUGCUGGGACAACCAUAACAGUACAUAACCUGUUUUACCAGUUACCUGUGAGGAGGAAAUGCAUGGAUCCUAGACUGGAGUUUGAGAAGGUUAGACAGAGGGUAGAAGCUCUCUCACUCAUGCACCCUUCUGUUUCUUUCUCUUUGAGAAAUGAUGUUUCUGGGUCUAUGGUUCUUCAACUCCCUAAAACUAAAGACAUAUGUUCCCGGUUUUGUCAAAUUUAUGGAUUAGGCAAGUCCCAAAAGUUAAGAGAAAUACAUUUUAAAUAUAAGGAGUUUGAGUUUAGUGGCUAUAUCAGCUCUGAAGCACACUACAAUAAGAACAUGCAGUUUUUGUUUGUGAACAGAAGACUAGUUUUAAGGACAAAGUUGCAUAAACUUAUCGACUUUUUAUUAAGAAAAGAAAGUACUAUAUGCAAGCCAAAAAAUGGCUCUGCCAGUAAGCAAAUGAAUUCAAGUCCUCGUCAUCGAUCUACCCCAGAACUCCAUGGGAUAUAUAUCAUCAAUGUGCAAUGCCAGUUUGGUGAGUAUGACGUGUGCAUGGAGCCAGCAAAAACUCUGAUUGAGUUUCAGAACUGGGAUACUCUCUUGGUUUGCAUUCAGGAAGGAGUGAAAAUGUUUUUAAAGCAAGAAAAAUUAUUUGUGGAAUUAUCAGGUGAGGACAUUAAGGAAUUCAGUGAAGAUAAUGAUUUUAAUUUAUUUGGUGCUACUCUUCAGAAACAUGUGUCCUUAGAGGAGAAACAUGAGCAGGGUGGCUUCCAGGAAGCAUGUAAUAAUAUUUUGGAUUCCUAUGAAAUAUUUAAUUUGCAGUCAAAAGCUGUGAAAAGAAAAGCUACUAUAGAAAAUAAAAACACACAGAAUUCUAGGGAUUUAGAAUCUCUCAAAAGAAAGACAAAUGACUCAUUUUUGUACACUUAUGAAUCAGAUGGGCCCAGCCAUAGUAAAAUGACAGAGUUGUCAUUACACAACAAAGACGGCUGUUGCUUAGAAUCAAGGAUGUUAGAACAAAAGACAGUUGAAGUAUCAAAAUCAGGAGAAAAUGAGAAACAUGAAAAAUCUUGCUUGGAACAUAACUCUUUAGAAAGUCCAUGUGGAACCAGUUCAGAAAUAUUUUCGAGCCCUUUUCAGACACAACAUCACUUUGAGGAGAGUGGGGUAGGUUUAGAAAUACAGAAAGAACGUACUACUGUUAGUGGCAUGGCUGCCAAAAUCUUGAAAUAUAAAAGAAUUCAGAAUCAACUAGAGAGAUUUGAAGAUGCUACUGAAAUGGGAUGCCAAUCUCUGCCUUUUGAGACCGAAUUAUUGAGUGUACAUAGUGCUCAGAGAGAAAAAGAGCCCAGUAAUUGUGGAAGAAUAAAUGUUUUUAGUUAUGGACAAGUAAAAUUGUGUUCCACUGGCUUUAUAACUCAUGUGCUACAAAAUGAGCAAACAAAGUCAACUGAAGCAGAACAUUCAUUUAAAAAUUACGUUCGACCUGGUCCUGCAAGUGCCCAAGAAACACUUGGAAGUAGAACACAUCGUUUUGUUGAAACUCCAGACAUCAAAACUUUAACAAGCACUCUAAGUAAAGAAUCUACUCAACUGCUAAGCAAAAAUUUUUGCAGACAAAAUAUUAGUUAUGGACUAGAGAACACAACUAUAGGAAAAUGUAAAAGUGCUGCUGAUUUUCAGGAAGGUGAUAAAGAAUCACACACAGGUUGCUUAUUUCCUGCUUCAUCAUCUUCUUUCCCUUGGUAUAGACAUGUUUCAAAUGGUAUUAAGAAAACAGAUAAAUUGAUUGGUUCUUCCAAACCUGUAGGCCAUAAGAAGCUAAGCUUGAGUUCACAACUAGGAUCUUUAGAGAAGUUUAAGAGGCAUUAUGGAAAAGUUAAUCCUCUAGAUACAGAAAUGGAAGAAAAUAAUGUUGAAGUCGUUACCAGUCUCAGUCCUCAAGUUGAACCUGAUAUUCCACUGAAAGACAAGAACCACUUAGAAAACUCUGAUGUCUGUAAAAUCACUACUACAAAGUGUACCACUUCAAAUGGUAGUUGUCAACCAGUAAGUCACAAUCCGUGCUCAGAGAAGUUUCCACUUUCCAAAGAUGGUUUGGAACAACAAAUGCCUCAUUUGAAAGAAAGUCCUGUAACUCUAACCGAGUUAUCUCACUUUAAUAGAAAACCUUCAGAUGUUGCGAAGUCACCAGAAUCCCUGGCCUCUAAAUUAUCCAGACUGAAGAGUUCUGAAAAAGAGGCUCAAACAAUGGAGAUCAAGAGUCAUUUUGAUCAGUUUCCAAAUUCAGAUCCCAGUAGGGAAGACAGUAACCUGUACAGUGGGUUAAGCCUAGAUUUUUGUGAGUUGUUUAAAAAUGAACCUGAAAAAACAGACAGCAGCAUCCUUCCAAGGCCAGAUACUGUCAUUGAGGAUAAUUCCCUCAAUGAAGACAGUGAAUUGCAUUCUAGCAACAACAAAAUGGAGAAUACUGCAAUACCAGACACUCCUUUGGCAUUACCCUAUAGUGAUUCUAAAAUUAUUAGUCAAGAUUCAGAUGUUCUUAUCCAAGGUUCAGAGCAACAGAUAGGAAGUCCUGAUUCUCACAGUGGAAUUUUAAUCAAUCAGGUAGAAGAUACCACAGCCAACCAAAAUGAAAUUUGUUCCUGGAGUGAGAAGUCUAAAGCAAGAACUUGUUCUGAAAAUGAAGAGUCAAACACUUUGGAUUGGCAGCAGCAUUUUGAUGAAACUCUGGGAAGAAUGGUUUAUAUCAACAAGUUGACUGGACUUAGCACAUUCAUUGCUCCUGCUAAGGACAUUCAGACUGCUUGUACUAAAGACCUGACAACUGUAGCUGUGGAUGUCGUACUUGGGAAUGGGUCUCAGUACAGAUGUCAUCCUUUCAGAAGCGACCUUGUUCUUCCUUUCCUUCCAAGAGCUCGGGAAGAGAGGACUGUGCUGAGGCAGAAUAACAGAGAUGCUGUGGAUGAUGCUGUUGGUAGUGAAUCCCUUCAGUCUUUGUUUUCAGAAUGGGACAAUCCAGUGUUUGCCCGUUACCCAGAGGUUGCUGUUGAUGUAAGCAGUGGCCAGGCUGAGAGCUUAGCAGUUAAAAUUCACAACAUCUUGUAUCCCUAUCGUUUCACCAAAGAAAUGAUUCAUUCAAUGCAGGUUCUCCAGCAAGUGGAUAACAAGUUUAUUGCCUGUUUAAUGAGCACUAAGUCUGAAGAGAAUGGCAAAGCAGGUGGAAACCUGCUAAUCUUGGUGGACCAGCAUGCUGCCCAUGAGCGUGUCCGUUUGGAGCAGCUUAUUACCAAUUCCUAUGAGAAGCAACAACCACAAGGCUCUGGUCGAAAAAAAUUGCUAUCUUCCACUAUAAUUCCUCCACUAGAGAUAACAGUGACAGAGGCACAAAGGAGACUCCUGUGGUAUUACCACAAAAAUCUAGAAGAUCUGGGCCUUGAAUUUAUCUUUCCAGACACUAGUAAUUCUCUGGUCCUUGUGGGAAAAGUACCACUCUGUUUUGUGGAAAGAGAAGCCAAUGAACUUCGAAGAGGAAGAUCUACCGUGACCAAGAGUAUUGUGGAGGAAUUUGUUCAAGAACAAGUGGAGCUGCUGCAGGCCACAGGAAGCAUCCAGGGGACUUUGCCACUGACUGUCCAGAAGGUGUUGGCCUCCCAAGCCUGCCAUGGGGCCAUCAAGUUUAAUGACAGCCUGAGCCUAGAGGAGAGCUAUCGCCUUAUUGAAGCUCUGUCGUGGUGCCAGCUGCCAUUCCAGUGUGCUCAUGGGAGACCUUCUAUGCUGCCACUAGCUGACCUAGACCACUUGGAGCAGGAGAAACAGGUUAAACCUAAUCUUGCUAAACUUCGGAAAAUGGCCGAGGCAUGGCGUCUCUUUGGAAAAGAAGGAGGCCAUGAUGCAAGGCAGAGCCUGCAGUCCGUGCCUUCUCGUGAGCCCCCUUGAGAGUGGACUUUUGGAUCCAUGAGGAACCCAAGGGCUUGAAGGACGCUAACUGCCUCUGAGCAGAGAGCAUGAGCAGCAGCUAGCAGUGCAGCCUUGGCUGAGUCCCCUUGGUGCCUGGAGAGGGCCCUCAUGUCAGUCCUCUGGUGCAGGUGGUCCCUCUGGCUGAAGAGUCAGAUGGAAUCACGCCUAAAGACUAUUCAUUUAUGUGCACCCAUAGACCCAGGUGGUUGCCAUAUACUGUCUACUAUUUAUAGCUUACUUUUAAGUGAUGAAAUUUAAUGAUUAAUUGUUUGACUGGUGGGUUAGCUUGUGUUUGAGGGGCAUGGUUUUUCUUUUUGUGUAAUUUAUUUCCUACCUCCAAAUACGUACUUAUGAAAUUGAGCUGAUACUAAACCCCUACAGCUAGACCUAUUCAGCCUUUCUCCACUACCCCCUGGUUUCUCCAUUAGUCCCUCCUUUCCUUCAGUCUUCACUUCCCUAUUCUAAAUAACAAAUUUACACAGUUUCUCUACUCUCAGUGAAUCCCUUCCUGAAGUUGUCCAUCAGAACUGUAGUUAAGGGCUGGGGCUGGGGCUCAGUGGAAAGGUGCUUGCCUAGCAUGUGUGAGGCCCUGUAUGGCAAAAGAGAUAGGAGAAAAAACAAGUGGGGAUUUUAAUAAAAUUAUUUUAUGGGUUAAAAACUAUUAAUAAAGAGAAACGGACAAAGAUAGAACAGAGAAAAAUUUCAAGUUCUGUUCCUGGUCUUUUGUUAGUUUUUUGUUAUUACAUUUUGAAAAGUCACAGACUAAUGUUCAGAUUCUGUACCCAUAAGAUGGUAAAAAUGCUAUGAGCUUGUUUUUUAAAAUAUGAUUUUUUGUGCUUUAUAAAGUGUUUCUUUACAUGAAAGCAAAUGUCAUAACAAAUGCAACAUUUAUUCUUUCAACCUAACAAGAUAUAGUCCACACUUUCUCCCCAGGAAACAAGGGCUCUUUUGGUCCCUUUUAAAUUGUGUCUUGGUUUUAUUUUUAUGCCUAUCAAAUGGCCUUAUGAUUUCACUUGGGACUAGGAUUAAUCUUACUACAAAUACUUGUUAUUGCACUCUUAAUCUGUAUUUCCUCCACCUUUUCAGAUGACUUGAUUGUGGUUAAUGGGACUCAACUAAUGAAAAAGCAAAAAAAUCAGCUGGUAGAGUUUAUUGCAUCUGUAAGAUGUUGCAACAAGACUUUUUCUGACCAGUCGGCUCAAAUUGGUCUUUAUAUCAAUGAAAUAAUUUUCCUCAUUUUUUAAUACAGGAAACAAAUGUGUGCUCAUGGAAGAAAGUUUGUUUGCCAACAACCCUGGAGUGAAUCUUGGUAAUGAAAGUAUUGCCUUCAUUACUUGGGCCUCGGGAUAGAUGCAAGGGAAGUUUUCAUUCAUUUUUGAGGGGAUCCUUAUAGUUACAUAAUUGAAACCCUGAUGAAUGUGCACCACUGUCUACAAAUGGCCUUCGUUGUACUGUAUAAGUGGGGGUUUCAUACACUUGGAACUCUGAUCUUAGAAAGGAGGGUGUUUCAGGGAAGUUGCAAAGCUGUAAGGGGCCCUGCCUCCAGGUCCAGUGGGGAGCUGUGGCCUUGGGCCUCAACCUUGCUCGCCAGAGUUGGGUGAAGACCACCUGUCCCAAAAAUUUGAAAAAUCUUUUUAGGUCAGACCAAUUUGUGGAAUUCAAAAAUUGUUACCUCUUAUUAAGAUCUUAACUUAUUGCCUGUUAGAUUUUAUUUUGUUCUAUUUUGUUUUUAAUUCAAGUGCCAUAUGAACAGAGAUGCAUUUAAUUUUCUAAUACAUGAUAGUAAUUAUUAACACUCCUUAAGGUUUGCAAAAUAACUUUUCAUAUAAUUUAUCUCAUUUGAAUUUCUUGAUAACCUUUGAGAUAGGUGGUAUUAUUCUUUUCAUUUUACAAAGGGGGAAACUGAAAAAUCUUAAGUGAUUUGUCUAAGAUCACACAGCUAGUAAAUGAUAAAAAGCCAAAAGAGGCAUCCUAGUUUUCUGACCCCAAUAACAAUAAGAACCAUAGUUGGAAUUUACUGAGACUUGCAUACUUAGUGCUUUGCAUACACUACUUUUUUAUUUUCUUUUUUUGGGUAUGUGGUACUGGGCAUUGAACCAGGGCCCCAGGCACACUGUGUGUGCUGCUACUGAACUACACCCCAGCCCUGCAUACACUUAUUUCUGAUCCUUACCACAAUCCUCUAGGAAGCUAGUCUCCCAUCUUCACAACUGAAGUCUGAGGCUCAAAGAUGUUGCCUAGUUGCUAAGGACAUUGCUAAAUAAGAAUGAGUGCAGACCCAGGCCUGUGUGACUUCAGAUUGCAAACUCCUUCCCAUCAUUACCCCAUGAUGUAUCCAUGUAAUACAUUUUAAAUUUACUAAGAAUUCAUUCAUUUGUAAACUUAGUGGUUCAACUUUAUUAGAUUCUGGUUAGUAAAGUAACUUCAGAGGAAAACUUGA